AUGUCGCACUUGUGGAGAGUCAUAGCCGGCCUACUACAGUUAGUCCAGGACCAAAGGUCGGAGCGUGGCUUCACCUCGAAAACGUCCAGAAAUCUACACAACACACCCGGUAAGCUCAGUGGUGAGGAGCUUGGGUCACUGUUAAUUCUGCUUUCAUGCUACUCGCAAGUAGGUGCACCGUUGCUCCGUUUAAAAGUUGCGGAUGGAUGUGGUUCGUUGUCAGCGGAAUUCUUUCCGUUAUGA